CCGGAAGUGACGCGCGUGGCCCGGGAGCUGCAGACGCGGAGGCCGACGGAGCCGGAGUCGCGGACGCCGCGGGGUCUCCGGGACAGGAGCCCCCAGUGCUGUGUCCAGAGUCUGCAGGGGAGGUUUGCUGGGACCCAGGCCCCACUCUGCCAGUGGAAUGUCAGCCGCACUGGAUCUGAAAUCGAAGGAGGAGAAGGAUGCUGAGCUGGACAAGAGGAUCGAGGCUCUUCGGCGGAAGAAUGAGGCCCUCAUCCGGCGCUACCAGGAGAUUGAGGAGGAUCGGAAGAAAGCUGAACUGGAGGGAGUAGCAGUGACAGGUCCCCGGAAGGGCCGCUCGGUGGAGAAGGAGAAUGUGGCAGUGGAGAAGAACCUGGGUCCUUCCCGGAGGUCUCCAGGGACCCCUCGGCCUCCAGGGGUCAGCAAGGGAGGCCGGACCCCCCCUCAGCACGGAGGCCGGGCAGGCAUGGGCCGGACAUCCCGCGGCUGGGAAGACAGUCCCGGGGAGCAGCCUCGGGGAGGCGCUGGGGGCCGCGGCCGGAGGGGUCGGGGCAGGGGGUCCCCUCAUCUCUCUGGAGGUGGCGAUGGCUCGAUUGCCGACCGCAAAUCCAAGGAGUGGGAGGAGCGGCGGAAGCAGAACAUCGAGAAGAUGAACGAGGAGAUGGAGAAGAUUGCAGAGUACGAGCGCAACCAGCGGGAAGGCGUGCUGGAGCCCAACCCGGUGCGGAACUUCUUGGACGACCCCCGGCGACGCAGUGGGCCCCUGGAGGAGCCUGAGCGGGACCGCCGGGAAGGCAGCCGCCGGCACGGGCGCAACUGGGGGGGCCCUGACUUCGAGCGGGUGCGCUACGGCCUCGAGCAGGAGCGGCAGGGCCGCCGGGCCGGCCUGGGUGGCGCCGGGGACAUGACGCUCUCCAUGACCGGCCGAGAGCGGUCCGAGUACCUGCGCUGGAAGCAAGAGCGGGAGAAGAUCGACCAGGAGCGGCUGCAGAGGCACCGCAAGCCCACCGGCCAGUGGCGGCGGGAGUGGGACGCUGAGAAGACGGAUGGCAUGUUCAAGGAUGGCCCCACCGUGGCCCUGGAACCAUCCCACCGCUAUGAUGACCAGGCUUGGGCCCGGCCCCCCAAGCCCCCCACUUUCAGGGAGUUCCUGUCCCAGCACAAAACUGAGGUCAGCCGCAGAAAGAAGAAGAGCAGCCGACCCCAGCCUAAGGCAGCGCCCCGUGCCUACAGUGACCACGAUGACCGCUGGGAGACGAAGGAGGCCGUGUCCGCAGCUCCUGAGCCCCCGCAACCUGCUCUCCCCAAGGAAGCGCCCGCGCAGCUGCCUGAGACCCUGGCCCCUGCCCAUCGGCCUCCUGAGGAUGAGGGCGAGGAGGGCGAGGAUGAGGGGGAGGAUGGGGAGGAUGAGGAGUGGGAAGACGUGAGUGAGGAUGACGAGGAGGAGGAGAUCGAGGAAGAAGAGGAGGCCGAUGAUGAGGAAGAAGAACCAGCCGGAGAUCACCAACACCAGGAGGCUGAGCCCAGUGGGGGCCCCAGCGGGAGCCCCACCAGGGAACACAGUGACAAAGAGCCCGCCAGGCCAGAAAAGCCCCUGCCGCUCCCCCAGGCCCCUGCCACACCUUCCAGCCCCUUCUCGCCCCCCGGGGGCCACCACCCUGUGUCCGACUGGGGUGAAGAGAUGGAGCUGAAUUCUCCCCGGACCGCCCACCCGGCAGAUGCUGUCUCUCCGGGAGGUGACCAGCCAGCCCCUGCCUCCUUGGAGAGUGGGCCCAGCGCCCCAGGAACCCAGAAAGCUGAAGAGGAGGGGUCUGAGGCAGCUCCAGAGGCGGACCCCGAGGGCCAAGAGACGGCAGAGACCGCCGACUUCCAGAGGGCCUCCCCGAAUUCCUGAAGACGCUGCUGGGAGGGGACUGACGCUUCCCCGCCUUGAUGGGGAGGGGGCGGCAGGAGGGGCUUAGUCUGGAUCUCCGAGCUGUGCUCUGUCUUCCCCGGAGCCCACUUUGGACCCCAUGGCUUUAGAGAG